GUCCUGCCGGCGAUCUGCACCGACGCCUGCGAUCCCUCCACCAGCCGUCGUGUAUUUUUCUGCCAACCCCGUCGCACCAACUCCACCAGCAGCGCCGUGGCCGCAUCUUCCAAUCCAUUUUCUCCAUCCGUCACCUCCUCGCCUGAUAUCCGGCUGAUUCCUCCUCCUUCCUCUCUCUUUUCUACUCUCUUUCGAUCCUCUUCUCGACGGCCUCAGCGAGACUCACCAGAGACGAGCCUGCUGCGCCCCGAUCGCAUUUUCCUUCUUUUUGUUUAUUUUUUUCUCCUUCGCUCGUUAACUCUUCGGCUGUGCCGGACACCAACUACGUGGUUUUCCCAAGCAAUCACGUCGCUUCUCUCCUCCGUCUGAUCGAUAAUCGAACUGGCUUUUCGACGACACUCUUUCCCAUAGGCGUACACAAUCACGGCGUGGACUAUCGCAUUGACCACUCGCCCCCAAACCGACAAGCUGGCCAACUCUCUUAUGCCCCCCUACUCGGUCAACUCGCCGUCAAUCAUCAAAAUGGAGCACUCAAAUAUCUACCGACGACGAGGCUUCCAGAGUGGCAACAUCUUGGGCGACCCGUUUGCGCUGGCAACUACAUCAAUCGGUUUUCUUGCGUGGCUUAUUACAAUCGUCGGGUGCAUCAUCGGCCAGAUCCAAGAGACACCAAACGACCCGUUCCCCAAGUUCUCUUGGUGGGCAAGCAUAUUCAGCCUCUUCUUGAUCCUCGGCGUUUUCUAUGUUGUCGGUAGCGACACGAUUCAGACCUACCAUGUGGCACUUACGGGAUAUUCUGCCGGAGGCAUGGUGCUGGUAACCUCGUCGGUCAACUCUCUGGUAUACUCAAAGGACGCAGCUCGAGAAGCUGCCGCUGCCGGCUUCAUUCUCCUUUCCAUGGUCGUGCUCGUCUGGACUUUAUACUUUGGGUCGACACCCUCCGCUACACCCCGUGCAUUCCUGGACUCCUUCGCCCUUACCAAAGAGUCUGCUCAUAUGCAGCGACAAACCAUGAGCAACUACGGCGGUGGCAUGGGCAUGGGCCGUCCGGAGACGUCCAACUCCGUCCAACCACCGCAAAUGUAUACAUCUGCUCAGCUCAAUGGCUUCGAAAAUCCUUCACCUGUUGGCGGCGCCUCUCAAAUGGGUGGAAAUCGCGUUUCCCAACUUCCCGGCUUUGGACCAGCCCAGAUCAAGGUGACAGGCCCUGAUGCCCAGGUUAUUCCUCCUACCGAAUACCCCUAUCGAGCAAAGGCCAUCUACAGCUACAAAGCCGACCCCAAAGACGGCAACGAGAUUUCUUUCAAUUUGGAUGACGUUCUUGAGGUGUCUGAUGUUAGCGGGCGAUGGUGGCAAGCGCGAAACAAAGACGGACAGACUGGUAUUGCGCCUAGCAACUACCUCGAAUUGCUAUGAGCUAUCACGAACUCUGAAACUAGAAAUGCCUUUCUUGCCGAAUUGGGGCUCCGCUAUGUUAGUUGUCAUCAUUUUUGCCUUGGAGUGACGACCUGAGGAAUUUUGCGCAAUCGGGCCAGGGAUAUAUAUUGGAUGGAGUAUAUUUGGACGAGGCUACUCAAAGAGACAACGCCAUACUAUAGGUUGCAUGCAUUGGCAGCACCUUACUUUUGGCUCUUCUCUUUUUCUUUUUCUUUUCAAAGCUGAUUUUUCUUUCAUUCCUCUUCUUUUGUUCAUCUUAUUAUCAACGUACGAGACGUUUCUUUUAUUUGUCCAUGUCAUUUCCUACUCUUCUUCGGCCGCUAUCUGCUACUAGAAAUAUUCUCUUCCUCCAUAUCUCUUCAUGAUUCCCCAAUUCCUCAAGAUAUCCCUCUCCUCUAAGCGUGGAAUCAAAAAGAAAGAAAGAAAGAAAGCAGCAGCAGCAGCAGCAGCAAUAACGCGGUAACUCCCUUUUUUUCAGUCUUCUUCUUUUAGGCUAUGAUCUAUUGUUUGACUGUUUUUUCUUUUUCCAUCUUUUUCUGUUUUCAAGGUUUUUCUUUUUCUUUUAGCAAGACAAUGGAGCCGGGAGGUCACUCAUGUAUGUAUGCAAAUUCCUCAACCAAAAAUGUAGUCAGAGGAAGGAGGCUUCCAGAUUAAAAACAAAAUUGAAGAGGCAAGGCAGAGAGAGAGGCACAAGACAAGGAUUUGGGCGCUGUGUGGUAGAAAACAAAAAGUAGGGAGUUGUUAAAUGUCUACUCAAUACAAACACCAUUGGGAGGCUAAUGUUGGAAUAAGAGUUUUUGUGUUUUGGAAAUGAUACCUUGUUUUUUUUUUCCUUGCUUUGAAGAUAUAUGCUGCGAUAAUUGUAGAGAGAGGUAAAGGUAAAAGAAAGGGGAAUCAUAUCUCAACUUGGUCAUUGAAGAGAGGCGAGGUUGAAAUAUACUACAACAUGUAAACAUGUAAUAAGUCUCAAGGAAAAGGGGUUGAAUUACAACACUUCACCGUCAAGCAAAUUAAGCUCACUAACAGAUCGAAUUUAGCAUUAUACUAAGGGGGAAUAUAAAUUGUUAUGCUGGCGUUGUUGCCAAAUGCGGAAGCUCACGAGGCAUGCCGGGAGGAGAGGUAUGGCAU